ACUGUAUUAUAAAAGUACGAGCAAUGUUCCGUCGACUUGGGACAUUCUCAAUUACACCACAAUUGAGCGUCAUGUGGAAGUACGCGGUUGUCUUUUCUGCUAUUUUUCUCAUCCAUAUUGUGGAUGCUGGCUUCCAAAUUUCACAGCUCAAACCAUUGUACAAAGAGGAUAAUAUUACUAUCAGUGAGCUUUCCACAGCACUUGGAGCAGCCUUUCCACCAUGUUGCUCCGAUAUCAUUUCGAGCAUUGCCUGUAGAAGACUUCAACAGCACAAUCCUUCGAAGUUCCUAGACAGAUGCGCUACUGACGCUGAUUUCUCUUUGAUCCAAUGUUGUAACACUUGUGGAAUGGAAAGCGCUGCCGAUAGAUACGAGCUCAUUUUCCAAGCCGGCCACAAAUCCAACCAAUGUUUCGACCGCCAUGGAUCAGAGUUCUGCAAGCGAUUUUUGAAGAAGGAGGAUGUUUGGGGAAAGUCUCAAUGGUCUUGCGACGGAUCGACUGCACAUUUGGCGUUCCGCAUUUGCAGAAAAACUUGCAACUUUUGCCGCAGAGAUAUUUAUCGCACACCGCUCGGUCGAUUUGAGCCAGUGUCUUGUGGAAAACCACCAGUUCUCAUUCCGAACUAAAUGUCACACUGGAAACGUAAUUUAUUCAUUCUUAUUUUUUAAUAUUUCUUACUCAUUUAUUUAUUUAUCUAUUCAAUACUUACUAAUCUGUUGUAAUAUAUUUUCCUAAUUUCAUGACGAAAAUUAACGAGAUCUCGAUCGAACCUUUUUAAAAUUCCAAUUUAUUUAUUUUAAUGAUUAAUAAAAUCUUCACAAA